AUGGACAAACGUCAAUCCUUUCAAAGGGUCGUAGACGAAAAUAACCACCCUGGCACAUGCUGGGAGUUUGAGCGAACUGGUACUUGCAAAUUUGGCAAACGAUGCCGCUAUCAGCAUCCAGCUACCUCCGCGAAGUUGGCCAAGGAGCCUCCAACUGAACUUACAGGUUUCUUUGACAAUAAUGGACUUGGAGUCUCUACGCAGAGAAUCGACGGCAAACUGCGCGAGUGGAAGCGUCUACUCGGCAAUGGAGUUACUGCCUCACGCCCGCCGCCGGCAGUCGUGAGCCGAUUCUUUAAACUGGGCCUGGAGCUCAUGGAAGGGGACGUCGGUUCGUCGCAAGAGGUUAUUAAACGCCUCGCAAACGAUCAAGGCCUUCCAUUCGUAAAGGACGUUGUCGAACGUCAUCUUGCUGUGGCUCUUCAGAUGGACCCCAGCAUCACCUUCUGGAACACAGAAGUGAAGCCACUGUUCCAGUUGAUCACUCACCCCCGAGUUAUCCACUCGUCCGUUCUGGAGCAAGAGGUUAUGACGAUUUUUAACUUUAUUCUUGGAGUUGGAGGGUCUCGCAUGAACAGACUCUUUGGAUACCUGGUGCUGCUCGUGACAGAGUGGCCCGACGCAACCGAUAUCGUAUCCAAGAUGUCGGCGGUAGAACUUUCACUCGCAGUCUUGUCCAAAGUUCUCGAUUGCAAUACUAUCAACAUCGUCAACCAGAACUUCGCUACACUAGCCACCCAGUUUGCAGAAAUCGUUGCCACAAUCUCGGAGGGGCAGGAAACCUUUGCCACUCUACAGUCUGAGAAGUACAUCGAUUAUAUCAGGCGACGGCUGCAAGUCGGCGACGACAUUCCCGAAAUGUCUGGUCCAACAAGGGACCCAGUUGUGAGAGAGGAAUUCGUAUUGCGCAGAGAUCUUCCCGGGACCUUGUCGGCAGAAGGGCCAAGACACGACAACGAUUUUGCAGACAUGUCGAAAAUCAGCAUUCUUCCAACCUGCGAAGAAAUCAUGUCGCCUCGAGAAGAAUAUCUCCCCACCAGCGACAGCUCUCAGUGGCACAUUGGAGGCAUUCGUGGCCGUCUCGACAGAGAAUUCCGCCUCCUGCGCGAGGAUACAGUCGGCCAGCUCAGAGAUACAGUAAGAGAUGUACUUGAACACUUGAGAAGGCCCCAGGAGGCGCAGACCGCGGUCAAGAACACCCUGAGAACAUAUACAUACGAGAAUCCCGUCCCGAUGAAGGUCGAUUUUCGCCGGAAUGGUGGCCUCGAACUGCAGGUUCGUUGUAGCCAGUUGAUGGCUGUCGCUAAACUCGCCAAGAAACAACGAGAAGAGUGGUGGCAACGCAGUCGUAGGCUCCAGGCUGGUGCACUUGUCUGUGUGAUUUCUGCCUCCGGUCUAGUCCAAUUCUUUGUUGUUUCUCAGUCGACAUUGAGAAGCCAGAGUGAACCACGCUUUCAACGACCAAAAGACAAAAUGGUAAGCACUGAUGAAGGAGACCAACAGCAAGUUUACACCCUAUCAGACGACCCAGAGUAUUUAUUUGUUACUCUGCAACUUGUCGAGGAUAAAGUCGAAGAUGUAAAGGAAUUGCUUCAGUGGUAUGGUGUUAGCGACCAACACCGACGCCGCUACCUCGUUGAGUUUCCCGGUGUUCUCCUCGACUCGUUUAGGCAUACACUCGCAGCCCUUCAACAGAUGUAUAAACAUCAAGAUAUACCCUUCAGUCAGAUAUUGGCUCCUGCUUCAGAUGCUGGGGCUGAAGUGGUCGUUCAGCCACCUGGCUAUGCUAGGGAGCCGGGGUUCAAUUUUGAUCUUAGCUGUCUCCAGGAUGGCCUUUUGGUGUCUCCUAGAAACUUGCCAGAUUCUAGUGAACUAGCGGCAGGUUCAACUCUUGAUGCAACGCAAUCAGCUGCCCUUUUGAACACCUUGUCUAGAGAAAUUUCUCUCAUUCAGGGUCCACCUGGGACUGGCAAGAGCUACACCGGAGAGAAGAUCAUCCAGGUGCUGCUGGGAAACAAGAAACGGGCCAAGCUAGGACCGAUUCUAUGUGUGUGCUACACAAAUCAUGCUUUGGAUCAACUGCUUGAGCAUCUUUUGGAUGCCGGGGUAAAAGGCGUAAUACGAAUGGGUUCCCAGUCAAAGUCGGAUAGAAUGACAAAUCUCAACCUGCAGAACAUCGUCAAGCGGUUUAAAAAAACAAAAGAGGAAGCCGCAAAGCUAGGUCAAGCCGAGGGUGGUAUAAAGCAAGUUAUUCAAGCAGUUGGUUGUACUCUUCAAGAAUUGGCGGACUGCAAAACCUGGGGCACCCUCAAAGCAUUUCUCCUGGAGAACUACCCCCAUCAAUAUGAAAGUAUCUUCCCGCCAGAAGAAGAUGGAUGGAUCGAAGUCACGCGUCACAAGCCGGAACAGAAACUUGAAAGAUGGUUGUGUACAGGAGACGAUGUCGACGCUGUGCCGAGAGACAUUCCCACCCUGGAGCAGUCGGAUUUGUGGGAGAUGAACCAGCCCGAGAGGCUGGUGUUAUUUGAAUACUGGAUGAAAAGAAUCAGAGAUCCCAUUAUACUUUUGAUUUCUGAGCUCCAUGAAGAGUACUCGGCACACAUCCAGGAGCGGUCCAAGGUCAGCAACGAGGUGAGCAUUCGCUGCCUUGGGCAGGCCAACGUAAUAGGCCUUACAACGACCGGCCUAGCGAAGAAUAUUAAGCUCCUCCGCAGUUUAAGCAGCAAAGUUUUGCUUUGCGAAGAAGCAGGCGAAGUACUGGAAGCUCACAUAUUGACAGCCCUGCUUCCGUCCUUGGAGCAUGCGAUCCUGAUUGGUGACCACCUGCAGCUUCGGCCUCAAAUCAACAACUAUGAGCUGCAAAGCACCAAUCCGUGCGGUGUCCAGUACUCUUUGGACAUGUCACUGUUUGAGAGACUAGUCAUACCGCCGCAUGCUACGGAUCCCCGUUUCCCAUUCAGCUCUUUGGAGACACAGCGCCGGAUGCACCCAUCGAUCUCGGCACUCAUCAGACCGACGCUGUAUCCGGAUCUCAACGACUCCGAGGGCGUCCACAUGUAUCCUCAGGUGGUUGGCGUGAAGAAAAGGCUAUUCUGGAUGCAUCAUGAACAACUCGAAGCCGGGGCCUCUGUGCAAGAUCCCUUGAAUACAUCUCACUCCAACGACUUUGAAGUGGAGAUGACAACGGCGCUUGUGUCUCAUCUUGUCCGACAGGGCGAGUACCAGCAAGGGCAGAUAGCGGUGUUGACCCCUUACCUGGGCCAGCUUCACAGGCUUCGUCAUCGUAUGGCUUCGAUAUUUGAGAUUUCUCUCAAUGAAAGGGACCGGGAUGAGCUGGCGGCCUUGGAGAUUGACGUGGACCUUUCUUCAACGUCGAGUCCACAAAACGCGAGCAAAAGCUCUCUCCUCAAAACCAUCAGAAUCGCCACUGUUGACAACUUUCAGGGCGAGGAAGCCGAAGUCAUUGUCAUCUCGCUCGUCAGGAGCAACACCCAAAACAGGUGUGGGUUUCUCAGCACGCCCAACAGAAUCAAUGUGCUCUUGUCUCGCGCAAAACAUGGAAUGUACAUCAUCGGCAACUCCAACACAUACAGAAAUGUGCCCAUGUGGAAUGACGUGAUCAAGAUUAUGGACGCACAAGGAAACAUUGGCACAAGCAUCCCACUUCAGUGUCCGCGCCAUCCAGAUACACCGAUCCUGGUAAGCCAGCCAGACGACUUCCUUCUAUAUGCGGCCGGGGCUUCUCAACAUGUCGACAUAAUUGCGGCCAGAAGUGCCAUGAAGGGCAAUCAUGCCCUCCCUGCGAGGAGCCCUGCGAGGUGCGUUGCGGCCAUUCGCAAUGCAGCCGAUUGUGCCAUCAGCCCUGUGUGCCAUGCGCAGAAGGAAAAUGCCAGUCUUUCUGUCCACACGCUGAGUGCUCUAUGCCCUGUGCUGUACCCUGCGAUUGGGUACCAUGUUCAAGACGAUGUGAAAAGAUGCUUGGAUGUGGACAUCGAUUGUCCAGACAUCAAGUUUUGUCAAUCUUGUGCCCCUGAAGACAUCAAGUCUGUUUGCGUGGACUUUCUCGAGAUGAAGGAAUACCAAGACAUUGACCUCGACCAAGAUCCAUGCAUCUUUCCCGACUGUGGCCAUUUCCUGACUGUGGCCUCCAUGGAUGGUCAAAUGGACAUGAUGUCGCAUUAUGACACAGAUGAAAAUCGCAUGCCGGUCAAUAUCUUCAAAAAGUCUGAACCAUUCUCGAUGGACGGCUCCGGGGUGCGUGUUUGCGCCACGUGCAGAGGGUCGCUUCGAAACAUUGCAAGAUACGGCCGAAUCGUCCGCCGCGCGAUUCUCGACGAGGCCACAAAGAAGUUUAUUUCCUGGUCGCACAAGCAAUAUGGACUACUUUCCUCGAGGUACUUGGAGGAGCAAGAAGCCCUUGGCGACGCUGAGGUCUUGGGGGCCGCCACAGCCCGCGCGAAGCUCCAACGCUCCAAGUCGUCAGUAUUACGAUUUUUGUAUCUGGAUUGUCUGGAAGAACACGCCCUGAGCGAGCGGUACGGCGACUUGCUCGCAACAUGGGUGGAUAUUCGCCUUUUCGCCAACGAUGUCAAGGUAGAUGAGCAGCCCUUCCAACGAGUCGCCGACCUGGUCCGCCACGCCAACCGCCAGCACAAAACAAACAAGGAAUUCAGGUUCGACGAGACCGUCAUUCAAAUGAAGGGCUACAUUCUCGCACGCACGCUGCUCCUCAAGUGCGAGAUGACAAUCUUGAACGACUUCUUCGCCCGGUGCAACGGCAGGGCUCGGCUGCCCGUGAAAUUUGUCCUCGACUUUACGCAGCAGUUUCGGGAUUGCGAGGAGGUAAUCCAGAUCGCGAACAAAUCGGUGCACCCCAAAGAAGAGGUCCAGGCGCUCAUAUUCGAGGCCCAGCUUUGCGCGCUGUCAUGCAAGGUCGAUGCUUGCUCGGUGCCGCCGGGAUUCGAAGGCGGCGCUGCGCCCGACAAGGAUGACGUACAGGCGUAUGGGUUUGCGCUCCUAGAGAGAGCCAGGGAGAUGGCUCAGAUGUACCCGUCUACAAUGAUAUUCGCAGGCGAGAUUGACGCUGUCGAGAGCUCUCUCCAUGGGUCGUACCAAACACUUGGCAAAGAGGAGAUGCGUAAUAUUGUCGAGGCCAUGGCCGGGGAUAUAGGAACCGGGGGGCGAUGGUAUUAUUGUGAGAACGGCCAUCCCUUUACGAUUGGAGAAUGUGGGAGGCCCAUGGAAGAGGCGCGAUGCUCCGAGUGCGGUGCUCCAAUCGGCGGUCGGAACCACAGGCUGGUGCAUGGAGUGGGCGAGGCCACUGAGCUCAAUCAGAUCACGCGUGGAAUGGGGAGGAUAGUGCUGUAG